AUGGGGACCAUCAGCUUCGACAUCAACGAUGCGCUGAAGCAUUACAUGUCCGAUCCCGCGACGAUUCCGACGCCCGAAGCAGAUGCCGCCUUGUUCGACUGCGAGAAUGACCCCGAGGCGCUGACAAACCAGGUCAUCAACCCUGUGUUGAAUCCCAUCAUCGACGCGGUCGCGGACAAUCCAGAUGCCAUUCUGCGGGCCGUCAACAUCGACUCAUUACAAUUUCUCCUCAACGCCGAAGCGGACGCUGUGCACAGCGACAUCGAAUCGCCCGAUGAGCAGGACUCCGUGGCGCAUCACAAGCAACUGCUCGAGAUCUACGGAUUCCUACUUCAGUGGACCAUUGCGGCCGUCGAGACAAAAGCUGCAGAAAAGUCGUCCGCGGCGCCGGUGGCGAGAGGGAGAGGAAAGCCGAAGAAGACAGCAUCACAAAGAGACGAUGUCUGGGACUCGGCGUCACAGCUCCAGGGCGCAUUGGAAAUCAUGUGCAAGACCCUCAAGCUCAAGCUGUCUAGGAUAUUCCUGACCACGAGCGAGAGGGAUACAUUUGUUGGUUUGCUGACGCGACCGGUCUACAUGAUUCUGGAGAACGAACAGCGUGUCAAGGCAACGACUAUCAAGAUGCACUGUUUCAAGGUCUUGUGCAUCGCGGUCAAGCACCAUGGCCAUGGCUACGCCGCACAAAUCAACGUCAUUCAGAACCUGACAUACUUCGAGCAUCUCUCAGAGCCAAUGGCUGAGUUCCUCCACAUCCUGGCCGAAACAUACGACUAUCCGCAGCUCACCGACGAAGUACUGCGCGAGAUCAGCAACAAGGAGUUCAACUCCAAUGAUACCCGAGGACCAAAGUCGGUCUCUGCAUUCAUCGCAAAGUUAUCAGAGCUUGCUCCAAGGCUGGUGAUCAAGCAGAUGACGAUGCUUGCCAAGCAGCUCGACAGCGAGUCAUAUACCCUCCGAUGCGCCUUGAUCGAGGUCUGCGGCAACAUGAUCGCCUAUCUCAGCAGGCAAGAAGAGCGAAGCGAAAACCACAAGUCCCAGCUCAAUGCCUUCUUUGACGUGCUUGAGGAGCGCUUCCUCGACAUCAACCCCUACGCAAGAUGUCGUGUCCUGCAAGUCUAUGUGAAGCUAUGUGAGCUUGAGCAAAAGUUUCCCAAGCGACGGCAAAAGGCUGCCGAGCUUGCCUGCAGAAGCCUCGAAGACAAGAGCAGCAACGUGAGGCGCAAUGCCAUCAAGUUGUUGGGCACACUCAUCAAGACCCAUCCGUUCACUGUCAUGCACGGCGCUCAACUUUCCCGAAAGGAGUGGCAGGCUCGCCUCGACAAGGUUGACGAAGAGCUUAAUGCGCUGAAGCCUCCUCCGGGUAUUGCUGGCUUGGCGGAUGCGACAGUCGACCACAGUCUCCUCGAUGAGGCUACACAAGUCGCAUCCCCAGAGAAGCCCAAGCAGAUGACGGAUCAGGAGGUGUUUGAAGCGGUUCAAAAGGCACAGGCGGAAGCGGCUACAAGCGAGGCGAUUGAAAAGCUCACCCUCACUAGGCGAUACUACAACGAGGCCCUCAAGUUCAUUGACGUGCUGCACGACGCAACGGAGCUCAUUUGCCAACUUCUUGGGUCUCGGAACAAGAGCGAGGUCAUCGAAGCCAUUGACUAUUUCGAAGUCGGCGACGCCUACAACAUUGAGCAGAACAAGGUCGGCAUCCGGCGAAUGCUGAGACUGAUCUGGACCAAGGGCAACAGCGACGAGGGCAAAGGUGUACAGACACACCUCAUCGAGUGCUACAGGAGACUAUUCUUCGAGGCGCCAGAUUCAUUCAGCCCCAACGAUGCCGCCAACUACAUUGCGCGCAACAUGAUCAGCUUGACCUUUGGGGCCACGCCUGCCGAACUGACUUCACUUGAGCAGCUGCUCGCCACCAUGAUGAAGGGCGGCGUCAUUCACGAAACCGUCGUGGCCAAGCUCUGGCAGGUGUACGGCGUCCAGAAACGGGAAAUCUCCAAGACGCAGAGACGAGGCGCCAUCAUUGUGCUGGGGAUGCUGGCAUCGGCCAUCCCUGAGAUUGCAGUGGGCGAGAUCGAGACGAUGCUCCGGACCGGACUGGGAGCCCAUGGGCGGAACGACCUGCAGCUGGCCAAGUAUACCUGCAUUGCCCUGAGGCGGAUCAACCCCACGGGGAGACAAGCCAAGGAGUCAACCGCCAAGUUCUCGCGGCUUCCAAACGACCAUGCAGUCUGCUCACGACUAGCGGCCAUAACGGAUGUGCCCUCUGACAGCAAAGAGUGGUAUGGCGUGGCAGAGCAGGCAAUCAAUGCCAUCUACGCCCUCUCCAAGCAUCCCGACAUCCUUUGCUCGGCCAUCAUCCGGCGCAAGGCCAAAGAGGUUUUUGGCCGCCCCAGUUCACGACCAAAUUCAAGAGAUCAGCACACGACGCCCGACUUUGCGGACCCCAGGUCACCGGGUGCCGUGCCAGCGUCACAGGAGAAGCCGAGGAAGCGCGAUGAUGCUAUUGCCCUCUCUCAGCUCCUCUUCAUCGUUGGUCAGGUCGCAAUCAAGCAGAUUGUACAUCUCGAGCUCUGCGAACUCGACUUUAAGCGUCGGAAACAGGAGAAGGAGAAGCAGGCGCCCUCCAAGGCGGACAAGGACAAGGAAGACGCGGACGAGCUGGACCUCAUUGGUGGCACGACGGAGGAUGACUUCACAGAGGCCAUGGCGCACAUCCGGGAGCGGGAGCUUCUGUACGGGCCGGCGUCGCUCCUCGCAACAUUUGGGCCCCUUGUGUCGGAGAUUUGCGCAAACAACACCACAUACGCAGACGAGGGCUUGCAGGCGGCGGCCACGCUGUGCCUCGCGAAGCUCAUGUGCGUGUCGUCCGAGUACUGCGAGACCAACCUUCCACUUCUCAUCACAAUCAUGGAGCGGUCUCCCGAUGCCACGGUCCGAUCGAAUGCCGUCAUUGCGCUGGGUGACAUGGCCGUCUGCUUCAACCAUCUGAUUGACGAGAACACAGACUUUUUGUACAGGCGUCUGGCAGAUACGGACGUGUCGGUGAAGCGGACAUGCUUGAUGACGCUGACGUUCCUGAUCCUGGCUGGUCAGGUCAAGGUCAAGGGGCAGCUGGGCGAGAUGGCCAAGUGCAUGGAGGACGAGGACAGGCGGAUUGCCGAUCUUGCCAAGAUGUUCUUCACAGAGCUCAGCACCAAGGACAAUGCGGUGUACAACCACUUUGUGGACAUGUUUAGCUUGCUGAGCGCAGGUGACAUGGAGGAGGAGAGCUUCAGGCGCAUCAUCCGAUUCCUUCUCGGGUUUGUUGAAAAGGACAAACACGCCAAACAGCUAUCGGAGAAGCUCGCAGCCAGGCUUGCGCGCUGCGAGACGGAGCGUCAGUGGAACGAUGUCGCCUUUGCCCUGGGCUUGUUGCAGCACAAGAAUGAGGAGAUUACAAAGCUUAUUUCCGAGGGGUUCAAGAUUGUGCAGGCCGCCGCUUGAGUGUCGCUGUCCGUUUCGUCUGUUUGCAGCGUGGAGUGCC